AUGAGGAAUCUCUCAGUAGUGACUGAAUUUAUCCUGCUGGGCAUCCCGCACACAGAGGGUCUGGAGACCAUGCUCCUUGUCCUGUUUUUGUCCUUCUACAUCUUCACCCUUCUGGGGAACCUGCUCAUCCUGCUGGCUAUUAUCUCCUCUGCUCGGCUUCACACACCCAUGUACUUCUUCCUGUGCAAGUUGUCUAUUUUUGACAUAUUUUUCCCUUCUGUGAGUUCCCCUAAGAUGCUAUUCUACCUCUCAGGGAACAGCCGAGUCAUCUCCUACGCAGGCUGCGUGUCCCAGCUUUUCUUCUACCACUUCUUGGGCUGCACUGAGUGUUUUCUGUACACAGUAAUGGCCUAUGACCGCUUUGUUGCCAUAUGCUACCCUCUUCGCUACACGAUAAUCGUGAGCCACCGAGUGUGUGCCAUCCUAGCCAUGGGGACCUCGUUUUUUGGCUGCAUUCAGGCCACCUUCCUAACCACUCUCACCUUCCAAUUGCCCUACUGUGGCCCCAAUGAAGUAGACUAUUACUUCUGUGAUAUCCCAGUGAUGCUGAAGCUGGCUUGUGCAGAUACUUCAGCCCUGGAGAUGGUGGGAUUCAUCAGUGUGGGCCUCAUGCCCCUCAGCUGUUUCCUUCUCAUCCUCUCUUCCUACAGCUGCAUUGUCUACUCCAUCCUGCAGAUCCGCUCUGCUGAGGGCCGACGUCGUGCCUUCUCCACCUGCAGUGCCCACCUCACCGCCAUCCUGCUUUUCUACAUGCCGGUAGUCCUCAUCUACUUGAGGCCAACCCCAAGCCCCUGGCUGGAUGCAACUGUUCAGAUCCUAAAUAACCUGGUAACUCCCAUGUUGAACCCCUUGAUCUACAGUCUCAGGAAUAAAGAGGUGAAAUCAUCACUGAGGACGGUGCUACAUCAGCUGGGCUUCCUUCCUGAGCAGUUAUGGAGAGAAAUAAGUAGCUAA